CUAACUGUCAUUGGGAGGUGCAGCAUGUGGAGGAAGAAACCAUUCCUAAAAAGUGACAAAACUACGCCAAUCAAAACCCCUAAUUAGGGGGUGCCCCAUCUGGACCAUCUGACAGGAAGUGAAUGAGAGUUGUGGGAAAUCCAGCCCCCAAAAUAAGCACAGGCCAUUACUGUAAGCCAGCAGGCCUUCUCUUCCCUUUUGUUUAAAAUUCAGGAUGGGUACAACCAGGGUAGCCCAAAAUAGCAGCCUCAACCAGGAGGUAAUCUCUUGGUUCCAAGGCAACAUGAAAACAGUCCUGUCUUAAGGAGCUUUGGAGAGCCUAGCAACGGCAAACAGAGGCAAUCAAAUGGAGUCAGACAUGACUGUGCUGCAGUGUGAAAGCAGCGAUUCCUAUUCACUGAUACUCAACAGGCUUCAGAAUAUAUCCUCAGAAUGCUAAAGAGACAGUCGCUAAGGAGAAGAGUGCAGCAACAUGAACCCAGGUGAGACAACACAGCACUGGUUAGGCUAUAAACUCUAGAUUUUCGAAAGGACAGUAAGAAAAGAACUAUCAGCCUCAACAUGAAAGAGCUUGUCCUAUCACUCCUGAGUCGAGGAUAUAGUCAUGUGGUCCAGACGGAUGGCAAAAAACAAUAUGGAAGACUGGAAGUCUGUUUUGAACCUGAGGACUACUUCAUCUGGAAAUCACACCCUCCCCUGCUUCGCUUAUCCAGCAGUGGACGGCUGCUUAGUGGAGUGGAGCCCACACCCUCUAAAACCUACAGCACUAGGAGAGGGCCACUUAUUCUAUACUCAGAAGAUUUCGCCUCAUCAUCCUCCCAACCUGACAAGGUCACCAGGAAAGAGCGGGCUUUCAGGGCUUCUAAAGAGGAAGCAGAGUUUGAAUUCUACUCUCUUCAAGAUCUGACUGCAGCCGCUUUAGCAUAUUGUAAAAAGCAGGCCAAGGUGGAAUGUCAUACUAGCAUUACAGAGCCUAUGUUGCCAGACCUCAAAUCUGGCACUAAGUACUUACAGUCACACCAGAGGCCCGGAGACGAGCGCAGCUAUCUGACCCAGACUACUGAGGAAGAACAUGAAGAGGAACAUGCUUUCUUCAGACGUCAAAGUAACUGUGUAUACCCCAAACCAGAGCAGGUGCGAUAUCAGCCCCGCUUCCUCUGUUUGCCACGGCCGAGUCGUCCUCCGCCGGGUCCUCUCCCACCCAUAACCCCAGGUCCAGCACUCAGACAUAGUGGAGACAGGCCUAAUAUGGCAGCAGGAGAGCCAGGAACCUCUAAGCCAAGAGGAGCAGAGGAAUGCUCUUUAACCAGAGACAGAAUGACGAGUUUCAGAACAGAGGUAGUGAUACCCAAUGCUCAGAUGAGUCCCAUACCUGAAUCUGAUGCUUUUGAGGAACACACAGAACAGCCUGGGGAUCACAAUGUUUACAUGGUUGCAGAGCAUUUGACUGGCUACCCAAAGGACUUAAACGAACAAUGGAUACAGAGUGCAGCAGAGACAGGUGGUGAGGAAGGUGGACAUGCUUUAAGACCAGCUUAUACAAAUUUCUCUUUGGGUUGCAGUCACCUUUCAAAAGUCUCCAAUGACAGAAAACAGUCAGAGGGGGGCUGGCAACCAAGUCCUGUGAAACGGAGUGACCUUCAUCUACCCCCCAUUAAGCAAGCGCUCCCUGCAGGCGCAGACAGCAAGGACCAUGGGCUCAAAGCUGGGAGCACAACUCAAGAAAACCACAAGGAGCCAGUUCCACAACUGCCAGAUAUACAUCAGCCUGAGGUCAGAACCGAGGCUGCAGCUCCCAAACCCCCAGAGAGAACCGUACUUAAGAAAGUACUUGUGCUGCUCCCUUUAUCAGUGGAACAAGAUGGUCUUUGUGGCCUUCCUGAGGAAAAGGAAGAAAUUGAGGAUGUCCUGUGUAGUGAUGUGGAACAGAAAGUGGAGUCGAUUAGGAAAGAAGAGAACAGGCUCACUGAACAUGGGUGCAGGUUAAAAGCAGCCCAACAAGACAAUCUCAUCGGGUUUGAACCUGAGGAGGACAAAGAACGUCAGACUGCCAUGGGUCCACUGCCUCCGUUUGUACGGCGUAGAGGUCUCGGAAAACAGUGCUCUAUGGCACUCUACAGACAAGACCCACGUGACCCUGCAGAUCAGUCAGAGCCUCAGCCUGGCAUCAUCAGAGGCAGCCUUCCUCUGGAGCUUAGAGAGUGUCAGAAAGACGGAGUACUGGGCACCUUAAUAAUGGAUCCUGCUGGGGAAAUCAUAUGCUUGUCUUUCUGGGAUCCCUUAACUGACACGGAGGACCACCCAGCUCUGGAGCAUGCCAUGAGAGAACAUGUUGUCAGGGUUAUGACUUCUGAAGGUGUUUUGGAGGACUCAUGGACCAUCUUGGACCAACUAGAAGAGCAAGCUACACAAACAGGAGGACUGAAUGACAGAGAAGUGGAGGCUAAGCGAGGUCAGAAGAAACAAACCAGCACUAAGCGAAAGGAUAUACCUCAAUCUGCUGAAAAUAUCACAGUGGAUGAGAUGGCAGAAUGUUCUGGCACAAAUGGGAGCAGAGUUAGGAGGAAGGCACAGGCUUCUGUACGUGAGCAAAGAAUAGAAAAGACAAACAACUGUACAGAUAGUCAGCCCUAUAGCAGAGGGGAAGAUAUCAUACAACAAACAGGAGGAAGAACACAGAGGCCACAGCCUAAGGCAAGAGGGAGGGCUGGGUCACCACCUAGAUCCGGGUCUGUUAGCAGCACUCCAAAAACAGCUCUUUCCACCCCCACAGCUGCCGAUGAACUUAUUGAUAAAACAAAGCCCCAAAGUCAGACAGAGUCAUUUAAAAAUACUGCCAAGUCCAGAAAAUCAGGUAAAUUCGACAGUGCAGACGACCCCCACAUAAGGAAUGUGAAGAAGCAAAAGUUUGAUCAGCAUGCCAGCAGAGUCCCAGUUAAUAAUUAUGCAGAGAUGAAGACUGUAGAAACAAAUGUGGACAAUGUGGACACAGAGUCACAAGACACCAGUUUUAAUGAAGAAGCAACUUCUGGUCCAAUACAUAAGAAAAAUAAAAAGGCAGGUGAUGAGAAAGCAAAGUCCACAAAGUCACAAAACACAGCAGAAAAAGUCAAAAAGAAGUCCAAAGGUCAAGCCGCAUUUGUUGUGGGUAAACCGAGGCAGUCACAGGAAGUACUGCAAAUUGAAAAGAGGAAAUAUAGCUCAGACAGACGUGAGAAGACAGUGUCCAACACACUGGUGAAUGAGUCAGAGGACAAAUCGGCAGACAAUUAUUCCUGUGGUUCUUCUGAAUACACUAUGGAUGACAGGGAAAGCAGCCACACCUCAAAUGUCCAAAAGAGCUGUGAAACUGGACACAGUCCGGUUAUUGAUCAGGAUUACAUCCAUCAGGAGAAGUGUGUAGAAGGACACAGUCUGGAGAUUGAUCAGACUGGUGUUUCCAGAGAAGAUGGUGGAGCUGGAGACAUUGAUACGGUCUCUGAUUUCCAAGAGAGUGACAUAUCUGCACUUUCUUCCAGAUCACACAGCUCUGCCAAGUCGUCGUCUACAAGCACCUGGAGCGUUCAGAGAACCAGUGUAUCAUCAGAUACUGGCAUGUGUAGCCCAGUACAACUUCCUCAUCUCUUCCCACGUGGUGGUGUCCCAACACACCAUCCUGCAUCCAACCCUGCCAAGUCUGAAUCAGCUUCUGAUGUGGGUCUUAUUUUAGUAUCGUAG